CCAAGAGGUCCUUCAUUUGGCAGCCAUAUAAGGACUCCAUUGGGGCCGUGGAUCAACCUUAUCAUUGGAAACCGAGCAACUUUUUUUCGGGACUGGAAGUCGAGCAACUGAAACACUGACACCCCCGGGCACAGCUUGCUUGCCCCGUGCCAUCAUCAGACACCAGACCACAAGACCGCCAGACCUCGUCCACCAUGGCUGAACAUCAGCGCAUCGCCAUUGUCUCUGUCUACGACAAGACCGGCCUCUUGGACCUGGCCAAGGGUCUCGUCAACCACAAUGUGCGUAUUCUGGCCUCGGGCGGCACCGCCAGAAUGAUCAGGGAAUCGGGCUUUCCCGUCGAGGACAUCUCCGCCAUCACCAAGGCCCCCGAGAUGCUGGCUGGCCGCGUUAAGACCCUCCACCCAGCCGUCCACGCGGGCAUUCUGGCUCGUAACCUUGCCUCCGACGAGAAGGACCUCGCCGAGCAGAACAUUGACAAGGUCGACUACGUCAUUUGCAACCUGUAUCCCUUCAAGGACACCGUUGCCAAGGUCAAUGUCACCGUGCCCGAGGCUGUUGAGGAGAUCGAUAUCGGCGGUGUCACUCUCAUCCGCGCGGCCGCCAAGAACCACGCUCGUGUGACCAUCCUGAGUGAUCCCAGGGAUUACGCCGAGUUUCUCAAGGAGCUUGAGGCCGGCGAGAUCAAGGAGUCCAGCCGUAAGAUGUAUGCGCUCAAGGCCUUCGAGCACACCGCCGACUACGACGCUGCCAUCGCCGACUUCUUCCGCAAGCAGUAUGCCGCCGAUGGGCUGCAGUACCUUCCCCUCCGCUACGGUGCCAACCCUCACCAGAAGCCCGCCUCGGCCUACGUCAAGGAGGGCCACCUUCCCUUCAAGGUCUUGGGCGGCUCUCCGGGUUACAUCAACCUCCUGGACGCCCUCAACAGCUGGCAGCUGGUAAAGGAGCUCAAGAAGGCGCUCGGUAAGCCCGCCGCUGCCAGCUUCAAGCAUGUGUCCCCGGCCGGAGCCGCCAUUGGCGAGCCCCUGGAUGCCGACGAGCGCAAAGUCUACAUGGUCGAUGACAUUGCGGGCAUUGAGACCUCCGGGCUCGCCCAGGCCUACGCUCGCGCCAGAGGCGCCGACCGCAUGAGCAGCUUCGGCGACAUGAUCGGCCUCAGCGACAUUGUUGACGUCCCUACCGCCAGCAUCAUUUCCAAGGAGGUCUCCGAUGGCGUCAUCGCCCCCGGAUACGACCCCGCUGCUUUGGAGAUGCUCAAGAAGAAGAAGGGCGGUAAGUACCUGGUCCUCCAGAUGGACCCCGAGUACGAGCCCGGCAAGAUCGAGACGAGGACGGUAUACGGCGUCAGUCUGACCCAGGGCCGCAACGACGUCAGCUUUUCGCCGGACUCGUUCAAGAACAUCAUCACGCCCAAGAACGCCGGUCCGCUCCCCGAGAGCGCGCUGCGCGACUUGACCGUCGCCACCAUCGCCCUCAAGUACACGCAGAGCAACUCGGUCUGCUACGCCGCCAGGGGCCAGGUCAUCGGCCUCGGCGCCGGCCAGCAGUCGAGAAUCCACUGCACCCGGCUGGCGGGCGACAAGGCCGACAACUGGUGGAUGCGCUUCCACCCGCGCGUGCUGGGCAUCAAGUGGAAGAAGGGCACCAAGCGUCCGGACAAGAGCAAUGCCAUUGACCUGCUCGUUAGCGGCGAGCUGCCCAAGUCCGGCACCGAGCGCGAGAACUUCGAGGCCCUGUUCGAGGAGGUCCCGCCCGCGUUUACCGAGGAGGAGAGACAGGAGUGGAUGUCCAAGCUGACCGACGUUGUCGUGUCGAGCGAUGCUUUCUUCCCCUUCACCGACAACGUCUACCGCGCCGCCCGCUCCGGCGUCAAGUACAUCACCGCCCCGGGAGGCAGCCAGAACGACGUGCCCGUCUUUGAGACGGCCGAGAAGCUGGGCAUCACGUUCGUCGAGCAGAACAUCCGGCUCUUCCACCACUAGACACGAACACGCAAAAGGAAAACGAAAAUAAAAAUAAGAAAAAGGAACGAGAUAGAGAUUCGGUGGCAUGGAGGAACCCCCAAAACGGUGACAAAAUAGAGAUACCCCGUCGCCUUGAGUUCCGGUUGGGUGUACAAUAUCAUAUUAAAUCUUGGCCCAGGCAUAGCGGGCCUGGAAUGACGACAAUGGCGGAUGGGUGGGCUGGAAGGAGGGGAAAAGUUCAACACUUACGCGAGGCAACUAGACGAUGGGCACGGUAGUUAGAAAUGAAAGCAAUGGCAUUUUCCUCGUCAUCUUUUGACAUUUGUCGGUAACCGGGGUAUGACU